UCUCUAUAAAAGUGUUUAAAAUUGUACAUUUGUAAUUUGUUGAAGCUGAAAGGCAAUAAUAUCAUCAGCCUAAAAAAUUGUCUAUGCGCUCAGGCCUGGUCCAGAACUCGUGUAACCUGGGCGGGCUGGGCCACUUUGAGGGGAAGGCUUGAUUUUUUGUGAAACACAAUUUGUUAUUUACUUAUUUACUUAUUUAUUUUGUUUUAUUUGAAGAUACUGCCAUUUACAACGAGCCGCAGUCGGAGAGGAAACAUCGGAAAUGGAAACAACGGUUCAAAUAAAUUGCGACAACUCUUCGAGUAUCCACGAUUAGUUCUCAAACCACCUCAACAUCUGAAGUUGCUCCCUCUUCGUUUUCAACCAGCGAUGACUAAGGCAGGGAGUGUGUCCAAAAGCCAAAAUCGUGGUGAUGGAUGUAGCAGGAAGAGGUCCAUGACUCGUGGUGCAGCACCUUGGUCAGAUCUUGACUAUCAUUUGCUUUAUUUAGUUAUGAUGCAACUUGGAGCCUUUGAUUUUGUUGCAUUUAGUGGAGUUUGUAAGUCAUGGAGGUCGGUUGCACUCUCUAACAAAACAAGGUUUAUGGCAUCUACACCACCCAUUUCCAUAUGGAUUUCUGAGCAGGGUAAUAAGAGAGAGUACACCCUACAAGACUUUGAUGGAAGAGAGUUCAAAUUUCGCAUUCCCAAAUCCAGUGGCAAGACCUGUGUUGGAGUAACUUGUGGUUAUUUGGUCUUGUUCGGGCUAAAGCCACGUGAGUUUUGGCUUAUGAAUCCUAUCACAAGGCAUGGACUUCGUUUCCCCAAAGUCCCCAGGGAUCUUGAACCGGUACCUGAUGAAGAAGAAGCUGAUGAAGUAAGAGUCAGGGCUAUUCUAGUCUUUUCCCCUUCAAUAUCUUCGUGGGUGCUUGUUGUCUUAUGUAGAUGCACCUCCGAAAUAUGGUUUUCAAUAGCUGGUAAAGCAGAAUGGGAUUAUGUCUCCUCCCCUUCCGGCAUCAUUGAUGUGCAUGAUUUCAAGGGGAAGAUAUAUGCAAUUGACAUCAAUUCUCGUUUAUAUGAACUGGGAUUUGAUCCAGAGCCCAAACUGAUGUUACUCAAAACCAAGAAUAUUCUGGACUCAGACAUGGUAUUUAUGGAGUUUGUAUGUUCUGGUGAAAACCUCUAUGCUAUGGAAUGCUUUUCUUUUGAUGAGUAUGAGGUUCAUGAACUAGAUUUUGGUGAAAUGAAAUGGGUGUCUCCAAAUAAAAAGACAAUGGAAGAAUAUGCAUUUUUUGCUAGCGACUUGAAGCAUAGUGCUGCUAUCAAACGAGAGUUGUGGUCUGACUCUUGGUUGCAGUUUUACAAGAAAAGUGCUUACAAUUAUAAAAGUGGAAAUGGCGUGUUUUUUAAUGCAGACGUAUGGUACUUCCCUCAUGAUUGUUUGAAAGUUGAUCUCAAACAAAAAUGAUAGUAUUAAGUCUUUGUCUAUGCAUAUGUUGCAAUUUUUUUGGUUUGUUGUUACCUGUUAGUUUUCACUCACUCUAUGGUACAAGGGGCACAAUGUGUCAACUAUGUCUUUCUUUUGAUGUAAUUUGAUGUCCAUUUGCUUUGAAUAUUUGGAUCUCAUGUCUUUGGAUUA